CCUCGGGUUAGGGCGGGACGUGGCGGCGGGCGGCGCCUGACUGGGGCCAGCGCGGAGAUCCAGACCCGGAUCGCCAACGAGAGGUACCUGAGGACACACAAGGAGGUGGAGUUGCUGCUCGGUGGCUUCUUCAGAGAAAUGUUUCUGAAAAGACCAGACAACAUCCUAGAGUUUGCGGCAGACUAUUUCACGGAUCCAGGACUUCCCAACAAGAUUCACAUGCAGCUAAUUGAAGACAAGAAAGCGGCUUAAUUAGCAAAAUCACACGAUGCUCAGCUGCUGGGAGACACCAGACGGAGGCAGCCUUGGGGGUCCGCUGGAAUUACAAGAGCCCUGUUGCCAUCAGUGCGGGUCUCCCAGCUGCCUUGGGCUCUCUCUGCUGUCGCAAAGGCUUUUGAAGAUCCUCAUUAAAACCAGCCCUUCCUGUUC